AUGGAAAACACAAAAAAGCAAGACUCCUUCUUCUUGAAGGCCAAGAAGCAACUAAAUGGGAAUAAAUUUAACAACAAAGUCAACCCAGAAGAAAACCAAGGCAAUGAUUUCAAAGGUAAAGGCCAAAAUUUCAAGGGAAGAAGGCAGCAGAAUUUUGACCAGAACCGGGAACAAAAAGACAAUGAUGAAAAGAAGCCUUUUGAUAAAAAAACUUAUAGACUGAAAAAGUACAGUAAAAAAUAUAAGCUAGAACAAUGGGAGGAACAGCGCAAAAAGCGAUUACUCCGGAACCUGCAAAAAGACCUUAAAAGUGACGAAGGCACUGGCACAUACAGACCAAAAACGUUUGAUCAGGAUGCAACAGACGGACAAGACGUCACAGGCCGAUUUGUCAAACAUCCAGAUUUGAUAGAAAAAGAAAAUGCUGAAAAAGCAGAUAAAGAGAAAAAGAGACCUAUUCCCAUUGCCAGAGAGAGACAUGAAAAGUUGAAACAGGAUAAGUUAGAGAAGCAACAACAAAUACAGAAGGCAAUAGAGGAGAAAAAGCAGAAAAUGCAGGAGUACAAGAAGAAAAAACAGGAGAAGUUUAAGAAAUUGAGUAGGAAGACUAAGAAGGGGCAGCCGGUGAUGACCGGGCGGUUGGAGCUGCUUUUGGAGAAGAUACAGAAAAACAAGUAG